AUUCAGUGACUUGUUGCGAAGAAGAUCGAUGGAUGCAAGCUCGACCUCACAAAAAUCUGGUCAUUCAACUUUGAAAAAAUGUCUGUUGCAACCGUUUCAUGCCAUGUGUGGUCGUAAGUCAAAUUCCAAUUCGCACAUCUCAAAUCAGGAUGCAUCUGCUGCUACUUCAUCUGACUUGAUCAUCUUGAGCCAAGGUGCAUCUCCUUCUAGUUCAUCUGAUUCGAACAUCUUGACUCACGCUACAACUACUACCAGUUCAUUUGAUUUCAACAUCAUGAAUCAAGGUGCAAGUGCAACUACUGCUACCUCAUCUGAUUUCAACAUCUUGAAUAAUGGCGCAACUGCUGUUACCUCAUCUGAUUUCAACCUCUUGAACAACGGUGAAGCCUCUAGUUCAUCUUUGGUUUCUGAUAACAUUCAAAACAACAGAUACGACGUGUUUAUCAGUUUCAGAGGCUCCGACACGCGCAACACCUUUGUCGACCAUCUCUACGCUCAUCUCACUGGAAAAGGUAUUUUUACUUUCAAAGAUGACACGCAGCUUCACAAAGGUGGAUCCAUUUCAACCCAACUUCGACACGCAAUAAAAAACUCGCGUGUUUCUGUAGUUGUUUUCUCUGAAGAUUAUCCCACCUCAACCUGGUGUUUGGAUGAAAUGAGUACCAUUGUUAAUUGUUGUAGAAACGCAAAGCAAAUUGCUUUACCGGUUUUCUAUGACGUUGAUCCGUCUCAUGUUCGACGACAAAAUGGAGUCUAUGAGUUUGCCUUUGAUUUACACUUCAAAUCUAAUCCACAUAAGGUUGUUGAAUGGAAGAGAGAUAUGACAUAUUUGGCUGAAAUCGCCGGUUACGAUAUCAGGAACAAGCCGGAAUUUCAAGAGAUUAAAAAUAUUGUUCAGUCAAUAACAAAGAAGUUGGAUCAUAGAUUCUUACCGAGUCUCGAUGACCUUAUAGGAAUGCAACCUCAUAUAGAAGAAUUAGAGAGUCUUUUGAAACUAAGGUCAGAAUCAGAUGAUGAUCAUGGUGGUUGUCAAGUUUUAGGACUAUGGGGUAUGGAUGGAAUUGGAAAGACAACUCUUGCGAAAGUUUUGUAUGAUAGAAUCUCAUAUCAAUUUGAUGCUUCUUGUUUCAUUGAAAACGUUAGCAAAAGUUAUGAAGAUGGUGGUGCUAUUGCUGUGCAGAAACAAAUAAUUCAUCAAACUGUAAAAGAGUUUGUUUUAGAAGGAUACAGUCCUUCUCAAAUAUCCGGAGUUAUAACAAGGCUGUACAACAUGAAGGUCCUUAUAGUUCUUGACGACGUUGAUCAACUGCUUGAGUUGAAUGUAAAUGUUAAGAUGCUUCGUCCGGGGAGUAGAAUAAUCAUAACCACAAGAGACGUGCAUAUUCUUGAACUAUAUGAAGCGGAUAUAAUUCACGAGAUUGGAUUGAUGAACGACAAUGAUGCUCGGGAGCUUCUAUGUAGAAAAGCCUUCAAAAGUGAUCAUUCUAGUAGUGAUUAUGCCGAACUUAUUCCUAUGAUACUAAAAUAUGCUCAAGGUCUUCCUUUAGCAAUUAGAGUGAUGGGUUCAUUUUUGUACAAGAGAAAUACUACCCAAUGGAGAGCUACUUUGGAAGGAUUGGAGAAUAAUCCAGAUAGUGGAAUCAUGAAAGUUCUUCAAUCAAGUUUCGAGGGACUCGAGCUAAGAGAGAAAGAGAUAUUCUUGCACAUUGCUUGCUUCUUUGAUGGGGAGAGGGAGGAUUAUGUAAAGAGAAUUCUACAUGCUUGUGGAUUGCAGCCUGAUAUUGGAAUUCCAGUUAUUGCUGAAAAAUCGUUCAUAACCAUUAGAAACCAGGAAAUUCAUAUGCAUAAAAUGUUACAAGUGUUGGGGAAGAAAAUUGUUCGAGAACAACAUCCUGAUCAACCAAGCUUAUGGAGUAGAUUGUGGCUUUACAGUGAUUUCUAUGAUGCCAUGACUACACAACCGGUAGCAAUUAAAGCUGAAGCCAUAAUUAUAAAUCAAAAGGAGGAAGAAGUCUCCAAAUUCAAUGAGUUGCGCGGUGCAUAUUUAUCAAAAAUGGGAAGUUUGAAAGUGUUAAUAUUAUAUCACUCGACUUUUUCAGAAAGACCCAUAUCUCUUUCUAAUUCCCUACGCUAUAUUUUGUGGAAUGGUUACGCUUUCAAUUCUUUGCCAAAUUUUAAUCCAUAUAAGCUUGUAGAAUUCAAUAUGCCUGAUAGCAGCAUUCAACAACUAUGGACACAAACUUUGAAUCUUCCGUAUUUGAAAAGGAUGGAUUUGAGCAAAUCCAAAAAUCUCAUGACAACUCCAUGCUUUGAAGGUAUGAAAAAUCUUGAGCGGCUUGAUCUUACCGGAUGCAUAAAUCUAUUGAUGGUGCAUCCCUCGAUAGGAGUUCUUACAAAACUUGUAUUCUUAAGUUUGCAACAGUGUAUCAAUCUAGAGAGUCUUGAUUUCAGCAAUGCACCAAGAUUGACUUCUCUGAGAGUUCUUCGUCUCUCCGAUUGUACAAAACUUAAACACACUCCAGAUUUCAGUGAAAUGUUACUCCUUCAGUAUCUUGAUAUGGAUCGAUGUGCAAGUUUAUUCACCAUUCAUAAAUCUAUCGGAGCUCUUGAAAACCUUAAAUUCUUAAGUUUGAGAGAGUGCAAAAAUCUAUUUAGAUUACCGGACAACUUUUAUAUAAUGAGAUCUCUUACAACCCUAGAUCUUUAUGGGUGUUCUAAAUUUACUAGACUUCCCCUAGGAGAAAUUACUACUUCUCCUCUCCAAUCUUUGGUUUAUCUAGACUUAAGUUUUUGCAAUAUUACUAUAAUGCCUGAUGUUAUUGGAGAAUUAAGGUGUUUAGAAAGACUAAAUCUUCAAGGAAAUAAGUUUACUACACUUCAUUCCACAUUGAGUUGUCUUCACAAUCUAUCAUAUUUAAACCUAUCUCAUUGCCAUAGGCUUCAAAGUUUACCUGAGCUACCGAUAGAGAGUGGUCGAUCAGAUUUGGCGGGAAAAUAUUUUAAAACAACAUCUGAAUCUCGUAAUCAUAGAUCGGGUCUAUAUAUUUUUGACUCUCCCAAUUGUUACAUAGGCGAGUCCUUGAUCGCAAACCAACAUAUAUAUUGGCUCUUCACUACAUGGAUAAUAAGACUCGUUAAGGAACCUCUUCAUUAUCGGUGUGGCUUUGACAUCAUUUUUCCUUGGCAUGUGGAAACCAAUGGUUUGUAUAAAGAUAGUGUUUUCUCAGAUUUGUUGUUCCACUUCCAUCAUCAGUUUAACGGGAAUACAGUAGUACGAAUGGAUUGUUCAACUAUGGCGGUUGAUUGGGCUGGUUUUCUCUUUUAUGUAACAUUUGAGUCAAAUAACCAUAAUCAUCAAUCGUUAUCUUCUUCUUCAUCGUCAUUGCCAUGUCCUUUUUAUCUUUCUUUUGAGAGUGAGCACACUGAAGAACGAUUUGAUAUGCGAAUAAAUUUGGAACAUAAUCAGGUUCAAGGCAGGAAUUAUAUUUGGAUGAUCUUUAUCUCUAGAGAACACUGCCAUUUUGUAGAAACUGGAGCACAAAUCACAUUUAAAGCAUGCAAAGGUUUGGUUAUUAAGGAAUGGGGGUUAUGUGUCAUAACCAAGGAAGAUGUAGAGGGCUCGGAAUGGAGACCAAGAACUGAUCUUGAUUUACAGGUUCUGGAAAUAAAAGAAAGCAGCAGUGGUAAUGAGUUUGAGCCUAAAAUUCAACUUCCUUACAAUUGGCUAGUUUCAGACGAAGAUGAAGCUGAGACGGUUCAAGCAAAGGGGAAGGAAACUGAUCUCUUUAAUCUUGGCCUUUACCUUUAGAUUUUCUAGUUUGCAUCUUCUGCAUUUUUGUGUGUUUUGGCUACUAUACUUAUAGUUUUUAGCAUGUAAUUUGGUGAGUGUUAAUAUUGUA